CGCUACUGCAAUGUUGUUUUUCUGACGGCGCAAGCUCGUUCUCGGUGUCUUAAGUUGCUUUAUUUUCACCAUGCUAAAAGAACGAAUGUGUCCUAGUCAUAGCUUUGUAAAUGUCGGCCGCCAGAUACGGGAAAGAUAACAGCGUCCUCUAUUGAAAUUCAUCUUUAAGGUUAAUUACUGACUGAAGCUGUAAAACGUGUAAUUCAUCACCAUGGAAGGUGGCUUGCUGUGUCUUAAAUGGAGGGAUCAUCGUUCUACUUUUUUUCGCAUGCUCUCGUCUGUUCGGAAAAAAGAAUUAUACUGUGAUGCAACAAUAGCAUGUGAUGGUAAGUUCUACCCAGUUCACAAAUUAAUUCUUUCAGCAUGUAGUGACUAUUUUGAACAGAUGUUUGAACUGUCAGAAAACAAAAACCUUAUGAUUGUUUUGACUGAUAUUAAUCACAAAGAACUUGAAACUCUCUUGGACUACAUGUACUUGGGUGAAGUCAAUAUACUGCAGAGUGACCUUUCUAUGUUCAUGAAAGCUGCCGAACAUCUCCAGAUAAAGGGUUUAGCAGAACCUUCAGAAUCAAAUCAGAAAAAAGAAUUAACUUACAACAAGAGAAAUCUGCCACAAAGGGAAGACAGCUGUGAUGCAAAGAAAAGGCGGCUGAGUGCUGAUGAACACUUGUCCAAAUCUCGUUCAGUGUCCAUAAACCAAAGUGAACAUUCAGUGACAACAAGAAGUACAAUGGGGGGAAGGGAUGUAUGCAGUGAACCAAAGAAUCAAGAGGAAGUGUCUGAAAGUGUUCAAAUAAACAAUACUCCAAAUUCUGACAUAGUCUCACCAGCUCAGCUGGCAUCAGCAGAACUGUCUUGUGAGGCCCCAGCCAACAAAAGGCCAGACCCAGCACCUACGUUAGCCAAAGCUCAGGAUCACAAUAAGCCUAGCAGUGAAGUUUCUUCUUGUGAGGGAUCUCAGGUAAAAGUAGAGGACUUUAAUGUCAAGGAGGAGCCUGAGGAUUGGCCUCAAACAGACGCUGGUGAGAACUCCCAAAUGUUUGGUUUCUCAGAUCCUGGCUUGGCAUAUUUGGCCCAUGCCUCUAACUUGCCUGUUCGAGCCCAGGGGUCUGCUGUCAUAAAUCAAAUGACAACUACCCAGUCACAGGCUCCAGCUGAGCUCCAGUCCCACCCUCUGCCUGGACCUUCAGGCAUACAAGCUACAUCUGGAGGAUGGGAACAACAGCCUCCUUCAACAAGAUUGCCAUCAGAAGACUAUUUGCAGUACAGAAGCGUAGCCAAGGGUGUUAGUCCUAGAAAAAUGGGUCGUCCAACAUCAGAAAUUUGGAAACACUACAAAUCUUACAAGAUAGCUGAGAAGACUGUUGCAUACUGCAGAUAUUGUCUCUUGAAAUAUGGUUUCCCCAAUGCCACCAAGAUGAAGGCGCAUAUUGUGAAAUGCAAGAAGUGUCCUGAAGAGGUUAAAAAGCACUUCAGAGAAGCUAACCAAGAGGCAGAAUGUCUAGACAGCCUUGUGCUAAGGGAAGCCAUCGGAGCAGUUCAGAAUGAGCCCAAGGUUCUCUCAGACUUAGCUAAACCUUAGCCUCACCAUCAUCUGUCUCAUGAGUAUUUCGUUAAAAGAUGUGACGCAUUAUUAGCAAACUUUUAUAUUUUAGAUUGUAAGUUGAGGAUCCUAAGCCAACCAUUUAGUUUAGUGUUUUUAUUUUUUCAAUAGUUCUGAGAAAAAAGAUGAAUUAAAAUCACAUGCGGAAGAUAUGCUCUGGAAACAUUUUUUAAAAAUCCAGUAAUUUUUUGGCUGUAAAAUAUGUUUGUAGAAAAAUAUAGCAGGAGUUAGUACUCAAGAAAGUGAGACAAACAAGUUAAUUAUUUCUGUUAGUAUAGUCUGACAGUUCUAUUUUUAGGUAGCUAAUUCCACAGUUUCAGUUAGCAUUUACAUUUACACAGAAAAUGCUUAGAUACAUGUGGAUCUCACGAUGUGUUACUAUCAUGAAUGCCAAUCAUGUGUACACAUUGGAUACUCCAUACUAUUGUGGGACCUGAAUUGACCUUUAUUGAAGUUGUAGAAAUACACACACACACACACACACACACACACACACACACACACACACACACACACACACACACACACACACACA